UUGGCUAAAACAGGAUAUGAAUACAGGUUUAAAAGAAUUGAUGCUUUAUGCUUGUGGAAAGAUUGCUCAAGCAGAUGGAGCAUGUGAUGUUCUACUGGAAGUUAUAAUGGCAGUUAUUAACAGUGGUUUUUGCAAUAAAAUUUGUGGAUUGAUCAGUGAAAAUUUGAUAGUAAGUAUGACGGAUUCUACUAAAGCAGCCAGACAAGUAUCAUGUUGCUUGCACCUAAUGUCAAAGUGUCUUGACUUAGUACCAAAUGCAUCGGUUAAUGAGGUAUCGAUGUUAACUAUUGUGGUUGAAAGAGUAGUUGACACAAUGGAUAUUGGACACCUGGAAAAUAUUAGUGAACGACUGGAAGAAGUGAAAAUACGUAAAGAUGAAGCAGUUAGGAAGUUUAUGGAAGAUCGUAUUGAAAGAAAUAACAACUCUGAAGAAAGACUACCACUAGAUAACUUCAGAUCUACUUCUGUCUUACCCACCCUCGAUGAUAUUAUAAAGACAGAAAAACCAUUUUUAAGGAAAAACCGCAUUGGUGUUCCUUAUGAUAGCAGAAAAAGAAGAUACUCAGCAUGUGGACACAUCAUUGAAUUAUACUCUCAUUGAAACAGAUGCCUUUCUGAAGUCAUACCGCUAUGUUCUUGCAGAUUUACAAGAGAUUGACCAUCUCCCUCUAGAAGAAUAUAUUGUGCUCAAAGGAAAUACAUACCCCUUUGUAUUUGCGCAACCCUUAUUUUGCAUACACAUUUCAACCUUUACUUGGUAAAUUAUCAUGCUGGCUAAUUUUACAAACCUUUUGUCUUGUUUCAUCAAUUCAUUAUAAUAUUAUUGAUAGGUGAACCACAUUUUAUUAAUGUCCCCGAUCUAUCUCAAUGGCCAACUGCUGACGAGUUGCACUUGGACGAGUCACAGAAAUUUGCCUUGCAAACUGCCAUUACAAAAGAAAAAGCAUUGAUACAAGGCCCUCCUGGAACUGGAAAGACUUAUGUUGGGCUUAAAAUGAUGCAGUUGUUUCUUGCCAAUUGCAAUUCUAGUCAGUUAGAAAAACAUCCGAUUCUGGUGGUAUGUUACACCAACCAUGCACUUGAUCAAUUCUUGGAAGGAAUAGCAAAGUUUCAUCCUGAAGGAAUCGUAAGAUAAAGUUUUAAAUUCAAAUAAAGUUUUAA